AUGAAUAAAAAAACAAAUUUAGGGAAACGGGAGUUAGAAGAUAUCAUGAAAAACCUGUCAGAUUUAUCCGAUCUUGACUCAGAUGAUGAUGCCUAUUACCAAACAGCCCCUGUAACCAGCCCGGCAGAUUACCAGAAUGAGUCUCAAGAUGUUAUUGUUGAAAGGCGUCUUGAAGAGUUGUUUGGUGUAUCUGAUAACUUGGAAGAAACUAUUGAAAGCCAAGAAAUAUAUUCAGUAGAAGCACUCACAGAUAUUUUAGAAAUAAAUAGUCCUAGACCUAUUGGUAGUGUGGGUGAGACAACAGGACAAUAUGAUGUUCUCCCAACAGAGGAAAAUAUUGCAACUUAUGAAGAAAGCUUUGUUAUGGAUUGCAACCAACGAGAAACUGAAAUAGAGCAAUGCUUAGAUGAUAUCCGUGAAGAACACUCCCACUAUACUCCAAUAUCUACAGAUGACUUAAGUGCAAGACCUUCAAGUAGUAAUGUUAUUGUAACAGAACCGGAUCGUCGCUCAAGAUCAAGCAGAACUAUGAAUACAGUAAGACAACCAAGGGAGUGGAAAAUUGAAACAGAGAUACACAAUGUUCCUGAAUUUACCAAUUCAAUUCAACCACAAUCAACAUAUAGUCAUAAAACGCGGCCUAUCGAUGUUUUUCAAAACUUUUUCCCAGAAUAUUUAGUACAAGUUCUAGUGGAACAAAGAAAUAGAUAUGCGGUUCAGAAUAAAAGCAAUAAUUUUACACCAGUAUUAUCAGAGGAAAUGAAACUUUACCUUGGAAUAUUAAUAAUGAUGGGGUUAAACCCAUUGCCUGAUAUGGAGCUAUAUUGGUCUAAUGACCCUUUGCAUUAUAAUAAUGCAGAAAUUUCAAAAAUUAUGCCUAUCAAAAGAUAUAAAAAAAUAACUGAAAAUUUACACAUAAAUGACAAUGAAAAAGAACCAAAUAGGAACUCACCGGAAUACGAUAAAAUGUACAAGUUGAGACCAAUGAUUCAAGAGCUUAAUAAAUUGUUCCAGCAGGAAACAGUUAGAGUAAAUAGAAAAGAUCUUCCGGAAAUUUUUAAAAAGUCUCAACCAAAACAUUUAAGACUUGAAAGGAACCAAUUUGCAGCUGUAACUGCUAAACCAAUUACAGCAAUCAAGUGGCUUGAUACAAGGGAUGUUAAUAUUCUUACAACAGCUCACCAUCCAACUGACACAGUAUUUGUAAAGAGAACUCAGAAAGAUGGUACUAAAAAAAAAGUUCUCAUCCCCACAGCUAUCGCUCAGUAUACGCUCACCAUGGGAGGCGUCGAUCACUUUGAUCAUUUCAGAUCAUCAUAUCCGAUCAAUAGAAAAUGCAGGAAAUUUUGGAUGAGAUUGUUUUUCUUUAUGUUUGAUGCGGCAAUCAUAAACAGCUAUAUAACCUACAACACUGUGCAUGUAGCAAGUACUCAUUCUCAUAGAAAUUUUCGAUUGCGAUUGGCUCGUGAGCUGAUAUCAAAUUACUCUAACAAGGUAAAACGCCAGGUUGUUUUCAAAAACAAAAAGGGCUCCAACUUUGGAGUUCCAGAUGCGAUACGUUUACUCAAUGUCGGCGUCCAUCUUCCAGAUGAAGGAAAUACUUACAAAAGAUGCCGAUUUUGUAGCACAAAAAAAGAGGAGAGAAGAACAAAAAUAGUAUGUUCCACGUGCCAAGUUGCACUAUGUGCAAAGAAAUGUUUUAAAUUAUUCCACGAGGCUUCACCCCAAGAAUAA